AUGAUUAAAUUUAGUUAUUCAAUUCUUCUGUUAUCGGUUUUAACUUUGGUUUAUUCAUAUCCUCAUUCAAAUAAUUAUGAUCGUUUUCUUGAUAUGUAUCUCAAAGAACGAUCGGCAAUCAUGGAUAAACUGAACCAUGUGAAUUCAAAUGAAGAACAUAUAGUUCGUCGACAAAAUAUGUAUCCACCUAUGAUGCCUAUACAACAAUAUGCGCCACAAAUGCAGCCAGUGUGUCUCCCAAAUAUAUGGACUUGUGGACCGGGUUUACCUCCAUGCUGUCCUGGUCUAAUGUGCUAUGAUGGUAAUGCAAAACGUGGUCGACAUUGUUUGGCUCGUGGCUAA